UUUGCUCUUUGAUGUGCUGUAGGUUAAAUCAAUAUUUGGGGCCAUCUGUGUACAGAGAGUACUCUUCCCUUUGAGACAGAGCACUGCUGUCAUGCACGUACACCUACAUAAAUACACCUAGACAAGUGAGGGAGGACCACACAUUUUGGAUUAUUGCAGAGAUUCUUUCAUAUUUCACUGUUUAGGUUCAUUUGUUUUGCAAGAAUAAAAAAUAAAACAAUUUAAGAAGAACUAACCGGGAUAUGCAGAAUGGCUUUCUGUGGACUCACAUUUUUUCUUCUGGCUUUAUUUGACCUUGUUACUGUCUACAGCAGGCCGACAGGCAUCCACCUGCGUAACAUGGAAGGCUUUAUUCAAGCCGUGCAGCAGGUUGAACACUCCAACCCUGGCCUGCCCCCCCUGGCUCUGGUCAGGGCCCUGCGGAGGACUGCAGGCCAUGAUGACGUGAUGACCAUCCAUUUCUUGGGCGCUUCCAAUAAUCUCAGCGAUGCUGACCUCCUGGAGACGGCCAUUCUCAACGCCUCAUCCUUCAGCUUUUUUGAUAAGGCCAUCCACCACAUUGUGACGGACCAUGGAGAAGAACGAGGGGUGGUUCUCACAAGAGAUGGAACUACGGUGGCGCUUGCACCCUUAUUACUAGGAAUUGAAUCAGGACUGAAAGCCAAGAUGGAAGGGGUGGCAGCAGCUGGGAUCUUCCCUCUCACCUUAGGCAGGACACUGGGCUUAUCAUUUCUCAGCCUCCAGGACUUCCCACCAUCUCACCGUUUGGGGCCUGACGGGUGCUGGGAUAACGUGGAGCACCCCAGGGUGUUCAAACUGUCUCAGCCUGCCACUCUAGCCACCGAUGCCAUGAUCAAUGGGGGCAUGGAUGGCCUUAUACUGGGCACAGACCUCAGUAAUUUAACUGCAUCUGAACAGCCACAGGCCCUCAGUGAGAUUCUGAGAGGAUACUACAAUUUUACUCUGAGUGAGGGGCAGGGCAUGGAUGCUGUGAGCAGUCAGAUUAGCCCAAGGAGGAGGGAGCUCUCUAGAUCCAUCCUAGAGUCUGUUGAUCUUCACAGCCAGGUGAUGGAGACACUAGCAUUGGUCUGGAAACUGGAGAAGACAGAAUGGAUUUCUAUGGACACUGGGGUGGGAAAGGCGGUGAAAGAUGGAUUGGAGACAUUUGUCAAGAAGUACUGGGACUGCCCUCAAAUCAUCCCUCGCUGUCAGUGGGGGGCAAAGCCCCACCGAGGUACACCUAUCCCGCUCUCUCUUCCCCUCCAGUAUCUGUACAUUCAUCAUACUUAUGAGCCAUCAUCACCCUGUUUAUCCUUCCCAAGCUGUUCUCGUGACAUGAGGUCCAUGCAGCGUUUCCACCAGGAGGACCGUGGGUGGGCUGACAUCGGAUACAGCUUUGUGGUCGGGUCUGACGGCUACGUUUAUGAGGGUAGGGGUUGGCAUCAUCUCGGCACUCACACCAGGGGACACAAUGCCAUUGGGUAUGGCGUGUCAAUCAUCGGUAACUACACUGUCACCCUGCCAUCUCGCUAUGCCAUGGACCUGUUACGUCAUCGACUUGUCCAAUGUGCUAUACACGGAGGAGGACUGGUUUCCAAUUUCACCAUCCAUGGCCACAGGCAGGCAGUGAACUACACCGCCUGCCCUGGAGACGCCUUCUUUUCAGAAAUAAGAACCUGGGAGCAUUUCAGCGAAUAAGAGGACAUCCGCAGCCAGGAUUCUGUCAUCAAAGGAAGUGGACUCACUGAAGAGAGACAAACAAAGAGACGGUCUAAUAGUGUUUAAUGUGACUGCGUAUUAAAAAUGUCAGUUUUGUUCUAUUAAUAGGGCCCAAUUGCAGGACUUGCAAGAUGGAAGAUUAACUGAAAGUGCAGCUUUAUUGCUGGGAACCACUUUUACACUGAAAACAAAAGACAAAGUAUAAUGACUACAACUAACAAACUAAAGACUGGAAAACAAGAAACCAAAAAAAACUAGGCGCUACAGAGACUGGGAACACAGAGGAAAAACACAGGAAAAUGAGAGUACAAUGCAACACAAUGCAAGGAAAACACAGGGCUUAAAUACACAGUGGAGUAAUGAGGGAAUGGGAGACAGGAGGGAAACACAGCUGGGAGAAAUCAGAUUUAACGAGAAAAGGGAAGCAAAACCAGAAACACUGACAUGAGACUCGGACUUUCAAAGUAAAACAGGAAGCACACGACAGGCACAGAGACAAACUGGACAGAACAGAGGGAGCUCAAAAUACAAAAAACCAAAACACUGGUAGUAAUAAACCAAGAUGGAACCAAAGAUUGAUCAUAAUAAUAAUGAAACAAGCCAAAACACUGGGUCACCGACCCAGGACAGUGACAGUAACACUUGUUUUUUUCUUUUUGGCUCAGAAUAACUAGUUUAUGGCCCCAAAAUGUAGAUUUGUGCUGCAUGUUUAACAUUUUUAAUGAAUAGUAUUUCAUUA